UUGAGUUAUCAUAUUUCACAGCUAUAGAAACAAACGCGUCGUUCAAUUUUAGUACCAACAUUCAGUGGAAUUCUCGAUUUAUUACCUCUAUAUCUGCAAAUUCACAUCCUGGAAUGUWAUCUAUACUUGAAAAAUGCCAUUUACUGCAAUAUGUUGUUGCCAGUGGCAUGAAAAAUGGUGGGGAAACAAGCCUGAUCACACGCGACAAGAAGAGCUUCGGCUGGUUUCAAGAGACGAAUCGAAGUUUUUGGAGCUUGAAUUGGACACGAAGAGUAAGUCAAGAAAAGUCUGUGUAUAUUGCAGAUCCAGAAUCGAAACGGAACUUCAAGGCAAGAAAUCUAAAACUUUGGAUACCACAGAGCCAGAAAUAGAUUAUGAUAACUAUUACAAUAGAGAAUCUGAGGUAGAUUGUGAGGUCCAUGUACCAGCAGCUACAGUUGAGACACCAUUUUCACCAUCUCCACAUCAUUGCAUUCCUGUGGCCAUUUGUGAAGACAAGGGAACUCAGUGUCCUUCUUUGCCAAGUGCACCUUAAACGCCUUUGUCUGACYGAGGAAAACGAGAAUUAAGUUCUGAAGUGAUAGACACUUUAUAUCAAGAGAUGUUAAGAGCCUAUGUCUGUAAAAAUGGAACAUAAUCGAAAAUCUGUGGCAACGGUCAAUUUUUCGAUUUCGCUCAAUUUGUGCUAUAAGAUAUAUAAUCACUCAAGUAACAGCAGUAUGAGUCUUCUUUUGAAACAAUAUUUUUUAUUUUUGAGAAAAUUUUUGAGAAAAGAUUUUGUGACGAGCCUUGCUGACCGCCAAAUUUGCUGAUCAACAGCGUCCAAAUCUGAACCAAGUUUGAUCGCCUUGCUUACAAAGAAAAAAUAAUUCUUAGAAACCAACUACCCCAAAAUAUUGUUUUAUGAUCUUUUAACAUUCAUUUGUGUGAUUUUGGAAAUGUUUGCUUUAAUUAAAAUAUUAAAAAUAAUUUUAGUCACGAGGACGGUAUUUUCAAUCGCUGAAAGUGUACCUUGAAAAAAUGCCAUUUUCAUCAUGCGAUAAACCUUUGAAUUAAACAAGSUUCUGCACAUCGAAAGAAGAAUAAAUUUGCGUUCAAACGACGUAGAGAUAUCUUUGGGCAAAUAAAUAGUUGAUUUAUAAGAUCUAUUGAAAGGUUGCUCAAAAUCGUGUUUACGUGACCUUGAUCGACCUGGACUGCUCAGACGGCGACUCGAACAUCAGUUUCUUGAUAUAUUCGAUAAUAAUUGCCAACAAAACCCCAAAAUUAACUCCAAAUACUAAGAAGUUCUAUAAUUAAGUUUUACUUACCCAAGAUAGUUUUUCUAAUGCAAUAAACAGCUGUAAAUAUACUUCUUUUCCGUUAUUCUUGUGUGCUUGGCGCGAAUCCGAUUACUGCCGAUAACUUCUCAGGACAUAYCAACAGGUGAAUAGUUUAGAAAAAAGCAGAGUAGUCAUUUCUGCCUU